UGUUAUUUUCUUAGUAUGUCUUAUUCUUGGGAGGGUGAGGAUUUUGUACUGCUACUCAUCUGGUGAAAAGCUGCUUUUUAACUCCACUGAUUCUUACACCGAUUCUGAGAAAAAUGACAACGGGCUGUUCCUUUGGACUAAAUCCUUGUGGGUUCUUUAUAAUGAGCCGACGGAGGAUAUCGUGCAAAGAGCUGGGGCAAGCCGAUUGCCAGGGAUGGCUCUACAAAAAGAAGGAAAAAGGAGCUUUCAUUGGCAACAAAUGGAAAAAGUUCUGGUGUGUGCUAAAGGAGUCAUCACUGUAUUGGUACAGCAGUCAGCUGGCUGAAAAAGCAGAAGGAUUUAUAAGACUUCCAGACUUCAGUGUGGAUCGAGCAAUUGAAUGCAAAAAAAAGCAUGCUAUUAAGAUCAGCCACCCACAGAUCAAGACAUUUUAUUUUGCGGCAGAAAAUGUUCUGGAAAUGAACACGUGGCUAAGUAAGCUGGGAAUGGCUGUAGACCCUCAGGCACCAAACAGGAAGAAUGAGGAAGAAUGCUACAGUGAAAGUGAACAUGACGAUCCAGAAAUAACAGACACGCCACCUCCACCCUACACAGUCCAGACACCACCUCCUCCUUUGGAUCAGCAAAAGUCAUCAUUCACCUCAACUCUGUCAAGUGAAGCAUCUUGCUCUCUCUCCUCUCCUGAAAGCACUUUCAACUCCCAAGAAUCAUCAUCUUCCUUGACAUCCAAAGUGGUUUAUUCCGAGAGGCAGUCCUGGCUUGACCUGGUAAACAGCUCUGCCACGGAAGAGGGUGACCAGCCUUUAACGUUCUGUGUACAGAUUCACUCUGAUGAGCCGCCAGGAGUGGUCUGUGGAGAAGCAGCAGAAAGCCAGGAAGUCCAGCUUUCUGAAUCCAAUGGUGAAUCCCAAACCUCUUACUUGAGUGCAGAUACACAUUGUCUAACUGUGCCACAUGCAACAGGACAGCAAACACUAGCCAAAGACCAGGAAAAAUGUGAUGAUGAUGAUGAUGAGAUGGAGAGGCUUUACAAGUCAUUGGAGCAAGCAAGCCUGUCUCCCAUUGGGGAUCGUCGACUGUCAACCAAGAAGGAGCUUCGGAAGUCAUUUAUCAAGCGCAGCAAAAACCCCUCCAUUAAUGAGAAACUCCACAAAAUUCGAAUGCUGAACAGCACAUUAAAGUGUAAGGAGCAUGACCUGGCCACAAUUAACCAGUUGCUAGAGGACCCAAAGUUGACAGCAGUGAAGUACAGAGAGUGGAGGAGCACAAACAUCAUGCUGGUCCAAGAUAUUUAUCAGCAGCAGGAGGUCCAGGACACGUCCACCGAGAAUAGUGAGGAGCAAGAGAUGACUCCACAGCCAAUCACUGAAAGUGCUAUUUGAUCAGUGGCACAUGGCAAGGUUUUUCUCCACGGGUCUUCAUGAACAAGCAAUUUAAGCUGCUGUAUGUUGAGGCUUGUUUUUCGCAAAUGUGCUUCGAAAGGAAAACAACCCAUUCUCCAAAGUUUUAAAUGCUCUUGCAGAACUUACUUAAUGUCAAAAGGGCAAGUUUCCCAAACUUGCCCAAGUUCCCCAAAAAAAGCAUGCCUGAACGUGGCCUGCAUAUGUAAGAAGAGUAUUUAACAAAGCAGCAAAGAAUGGUUUUUCAGUUUUUGGAGAAGAAAAUUAUAAGUGUCCAGCUCCUGGAGGACACAGAACUAUGUAAUACGUCCUGUAUAAAUAUGAGAUCCUUGGGAUUGUUUUAAGCAUACAACUUACCUUGAAAUGAAGCUAAACUACAGGAUGUAGUCUACCUUUUUACCCUCUAAGUUAACCCGAUGUAUACAUUUUCAUUUCUGUACCCAUUUACUUUCACCACUCUACCAGUUUAAACUGGGUCAAAUGGAAGAGUAAUAAUGCAUGAGCUGAUACUGUAGACAGCUGCCAGGCACACAGUUUGAGCUCUGCCUGAUGUUUUAUGAGUUUCAAAUUUAUAUACAGUCCAGACCAAGAAGGUACUGUCUUUCUACAUGAAGAAGAGGUCUUUCAGUUUUUGCUGACAUGUAAUUUACUCUUCAGUGAGACAAGUUUCAACUUAUGGACUUGGCAGAAUUCCUUGGAAGAUUAUGUUCUUCUUUCUUAUUGUUGACAGAUGGGAGUAUAUAAGGUACAAGUUCAUCCCAGAGUCCAACUUAAGGAAGGUGAUCACAUUCACAAGGCAGAAGCUAAACAACUAAACUCCUAAUGUGGACUUGGAAGUGUAAAACAAAGCUGCAAAUAUUUUUGUAAAUAUAUGUGAUUUUAUGGCUUAUAUGAAUGUGACUAUGUACUGUAUAGAUGUUUUAUUUAUAUAUUUAUAUAUGCUGAAUUUCCUAAUAUAAAUAGGCACAUGUGGACCAAAACCACUCAGCUGUGAGAGCUUACAGGUUGACUUGAAAUGCCUCUUUAUUUUGUGUUCCAUUGUAGAUCACAGUAAUGGCUCUGCAGCUGAAGCUACCCUGAGACAUCUGCUGUGACUCUUCUGCUUUUCUAGCUUUGAGUUUUAGAUGAAGAAAAUCUGUACAACUCAGGGCCUGAAAAAAGCUUUCUAGAAAGUUUCAAGAUUUCCCUUUCAGGAAAAAAAAUAGGUUUUGCUGCAGGAUCACGAUUUUUUGGCUUCAUUGCUCUCAGUACAAGGUUUUGGGGUUUUGUCUUCCCCUCUUCUGCAGUAUAAGGGACUUUUCAGAACCCAAUUUUGAAAAGCAAGAAUUAGUCCACAAUUCCCAAAUUAAUGCCACUACAUGAACUGUGACAAUCUGCACUUCUGUUGCUAUUUCAUAAAGAUAUUCUUUGUCAUUAGUUUUCAAUGCAGUUUAUCUUUUAAAGCAAAAUACACUGUAGAGAUGCAGCCAUAUUCAUCUGUCUUUAUACAUUUUAUGUUUUAUCAUAGCUUGAUUGAGAAAACAAAAGAUAAUGGUGUUAGUGGGAACAUAUGAAAUCUUUUCCACCAGUGUAGUAAUUAGUUUGACUGUUGACGUUGUGUUUUUAAUACCCAGCAGCUUUUAUUUUAAAAUAGAGGCAAGGAAAUAGAUGAAAAAUGACUAAAUGGGGAAUCAGACACAAAACUCUGGUUGGUUAAAAAGCCAUUCUUUUCAGGAAAUCAUCAUAUGAGCAGUGAUUUCCUCACUUCACUAAUUAUAACUAGAAGUUAAGCAAGCUUAAUACCUGGUGCAAUUUGAUUUGGAGUAAUUGCAUCUUAAAAAUGGAGCCAAAUUUUAGGUUGCUUUUUUUAUUCUUAUUUUUGGGUUUUUGGUUUUGGGGUUUUUUUUGGGUUUUUUUUUGGUUUUUUUCAUAAUUCUUCCACCAUUCCCAUUGAAAUGCUGUCAAUUAAUUUCUGAGAACACCCUGAAAAUUAGGAGUGUAGGGAUUAACCUGCUAGGUCCAUUUCAUUUUUAACUACCUGGUGCUAAGUAACUGAUAAAUAUUUGAGGUCAAAUUGCAUGUACAUUUUCUAUGACACAUGCAAGUUUCUCAUGAAACAAAGCAUGUAAACACCAUUUUCCUUUAAAAGCAUCUUCACUUAGAUGUUGAAAAGAAGAACAUGCUUAAGUGGCCUGUUGAACUGGGCCAGACAAGUCAGUGCCUUUCAGUUCUGGGCAAAGUCUGAGCCAACUCCAUUUACUGAAGUAGAUUUGCAGUAUACAAAGAAAAGCCUAUGUGGCCUGUACAUGCUGUGCUGGCUCUUUUCACACUCACACACUUGUAUAAGCAUACACAAAACAGCUUUCCCAAUUCUAGGGACAAAGAGAUGGCCUUGGACUACCCAAACUCUGCUAUAGGUUCUGACAGAUUACAUAGCCUAAAAUUGCUUCUGAAUUACUCUCCUUCAGAUGGUCAAUAGAUACUUAUUGUUGAACUAUUGAGGUUUUGGACACCUGCUGAGACUGGCCUCUACUUCCGCUUAGAAAAGAACAGAAUAUUCAUUAAUGGGGUUACUUCAAUCCCAGUUAUAAUUUUAACAAAUUUCUUUGUUCAGGAAAACAAAAGUAUGGGUUUUAUGCAAAUCCUGUGCAGGAAGUCUAACUCCACUCUCCUCAGCUACUAUUUAGACUCAAAAUAAUGGAAAGCGUGGAAAAUGCGAAGUGAAAAUUGCAGUGAAACAGGAUUAAUUUUCUGGCAUUGCUAAUUACUGUGACAGUUUUGCCUGGGUUUAUCACAGGGGGCUGCCCAGCAGCGUGAAAGCCAUAAUCAGAGACAGAAUUACGCACAAGCUGACAGCUACAGCGGGGAGCCACCUCAACAGGAGAAAUUUGGACAAAUCUGCGCUCUGCUCAGUGAUGCUUGGAAUAACUGGUAUCUCUUGGUCUGGGUUUGGAAGACCUGCACUAUUGACUCAUAGCACAGGGAGCUGUGCAUCCCUAGUGUGUGAAUAUCAAGAAGUCUUUAACCAUCUGCCUCAAGGGACAUGUUUUAUAUACUUUUUUGGGAGAAAGUAUGUGUGUGUGGAUAUGUGCACAUGCACAAUUUUUCCUAUGUCAGUAAAGCCAGUUGGUGCAGCAAGUCCAGCAAUGGAGAUUUUGGAAUUUCUGGUGACAAUAUCUAAUUUUAACUGUUUCUGCAGCUUUUCUGGAAAUCAAAUCACUCUUUUCUGGUGUACAUCUCAUGAGAUACCAAAAUGAGGUGGGAUCACAUUUCCUUUCCUAUGAUGGAAGAGAUCAUGUGGGGAUUGUGAAUCAUUUUUACAUGGAGCUCUGAUGAUUCAGUCAGUACUAGGGUUUCACCUUGUCAUGGUUUUUAAGUGCAGCUGGAGACGAAACACCAUGCAGCUGCUCCCCCUCUCUUUUCCUUCCCCAUCCCUGUGUGAUGGGGAGCAGAAUUGAAGUAAAACUUGUAUGCUGAGACAAGAACAGUUUCAUAAUUUAAAAUAAAGUAAAAUACAGCAACAAUGGUAAAUGAUAAUGAUAAUGAUAAUGAUAAUGAUAAUAAAAAGGAAAGAAACCCAGACAAGUGAUGUACAAUGCAUUUGCUCACCACACACUGACCUGUCAGACCCCACUUCCUAAACCCAGAUCAGGUCCCCCUUCCAGGUAGCUCCCCCUGGUUUUGGAUAUUCCAUAUUCCUGUGGUAUGGAAUAUCCCUUUGGUCAGUUUGAGUCACCUGUCCCAGCUAU